AUGGCGGCGCGCAGGGGCGGCCCGAGCUCGGAGAGCAGCAGCGAGAGCAGCGACGAGGCGGCGGCCGCGCGGUUCCGGGAGGCCGCCUGGGACUGCGGCGGCUGGGCGGGAGGCGCCGCCGCCUCUCGGCGGCCUCCGCUUCCCAUGGCGGGCGGUCGCGCGGAGGAGCGCGCGGCGCGGCCCAGCCGCAGGCGCGAUGUGAAUGGUCACAGCGAGGAUGGCAACGAGCUGCAGACGACGCCCGAGUUCAGGGCUCACGUGGCCAGGAAGCUGGGAGCGAUGUUGGACAGUUCUAUCACUGUCCUGAAGGAGUCAUCGGCACCUUCAUCAACUGCCGUGCAAGAGCUCGACGCUGGAGAUGAUGGCUUUCGUCUCUUCUCCUCCUCCAUCCCUGGGGACUGCGGGAGGCCGGAGCCCUGCCCGGCCCGGCGGAGACGGCCCUCGAGCUCCAGUGACUCGGACAGUGAUGAAGAGUGGCAAAGGUACCAGGAGGCUGCUGUGUCGGGCACAGACAUUCUGAAGCAAAGUGCUCUUCCUGCCCUGUGCCAAGAGCCCAGCGAGGAUCUGAAUCACAGCUGUGCAGAGCCCAGCCAGAAGAAAAAGAAGAAAAAGAAAAAGAAGGGAGAGAAAAAUAUUAAAGACACAAUAGAAGAUGUAGAAGAGUGUGACCAGAUCAGGAAAGAUUUGCGGUGUUUGGUUUCUACAAAUGGACAAGAUGAGAGACAUGAUAGAAAUAUCAGAGAGACAGCUGUGUUGCCAGAAGGAGUGAAGAAGAAAAAGAAAAGGAAGAAAGAAUUAAGGUUUUGCUCUGCAAACGGCCGAUGAUUGUGCUAGCUUCUUUUUGGUGUCCUUCACGUCACAAAGUGGCUGCAGACGAGGGAAGGUUAAUUGGCAGAGCUUCUGUUUUAAAAGCUCUGUGGCCUGAGAUUUUUAUUAAAUGGAUUCCUUUGUUGCCGGUGUCCCUUGAGGAGGGGAACGUGGCUCUUCCCUUGCAGUGGCUGUAGGUGCUGCUGCUUGGGCAGACCUAGUGCCAAAGCAUGAAAUACUGGGCACAGGCUUAGUGACAGGAGGGACAUAAUCACAGCUGUCCCCUCCUGCCUCGCUCAAAAGAAGCCUGGUGUUCUGAGCACAUGGGUUGGGUCUGGUUCAUGCGAGCAGGUACUCAGCUCCUUUUCCUCCUUGGCUCCAACUAGGGAGCUCCCUGGACCCCAGGGACCGCAGGGAGCUCCAGUGUGGGGAGCGCCUUUGUCUGGAGUAUCCUGCAGAUGCUAAGGCCCAUUUACUUUCUCUGUGGUCAUCGUAACUAUCUAUUGUUGAUACCUGCUGUGUUAUUAAUCCCUCUGUAAUCUGCACAUCUCUGGGACCUCUGCACCUAACAGCUAAACAAGGAGCAUCAUGAGUUUACUGCAGGUUCUUAUAAACAGCUAAUUCUGUUCAAGUUGUCUCCUUAGAGAUUUACUUUCAUUUGCAGCAUCUGCUGUGGCAUUUGUUGUUACUAAAUUCUGCUGCAUUUGUCUUAUUUAAUGUUGUGGGUUUGGUGCAGCAGUGGCUCAGUUAGAUCCCCAGCCACAGAGGAAAACUAUUUUAGUUGACUCCUUAUUUGCGUUGUGAUCCAUGUCACAAAAUUGCUCUGGGAAGGACUUAGAUUUCAAAGUCACUGUGUUUCAGUUUGUAUUCUGAUGAAAUUAGGUCUGUCUGGGUGUUUAAAUAGCAGUUUCUUGGUAGUUUUCAAUAUGGCUCUUCCUCCAUUUC